AUGAUAUCGGUCGAUGAUUUGCUUAUGGUGAUGCAGUCACUAGGGAAAAAGCUCAGCGAAACUGACGCUCGAGAAAUGAUCAAAGAAGGAGACGUGGAUCGCGAUGGCCUGAUCAGUUUUCACGAAUUCAUCAUGCUUAUCAAAGGGCGAACAUGA